AGUUCGCCUCAUCUGUCACUAUUUUUCUUCGGAUUUGGAUAAUAAUUAUCUUUUCUUCUAAUAAUAUAGUUUUCAUGCACGUUUAUUGUAAAUUAAAUAUAUUUUCCUUUGUAUUAAAUUUGGUGCAACGACUUUUCCCUUUGUAAAUAUUGUACAUCUAUAUCAGUGAAAUUACAUAUAUUGUGAAACGGAUGAAAAUAACGUGAUUGUGAGUACGAUAUAGAAAAAUCAAACUUGUUAUUUUAAAAACGGUAAUUGGUGUUAAAGUUAUUAAUAUUUCUGUUUAAAUUGGCUUUGUAACCGAGUUAUAUUAAAAAUGUCCGGAGUGUGCGCUGGUCGCGUGCCUAAGCGCCUGAGAGCUCAUCGUAUGAAGAGGCGGUCAGUGCUGAGAAUGAUGGCAAUAAUGCAGGACAGGAACAGUGAGGAGGUGCCUCGCGAGUUCUUGGAGACGGGUCGGACUGGACGGAGGAACGCCAUGCCUGAUAUACUGCACCCUCAGGGUGCCGAGAUGACGACGGCAGACCUACCGUCACGGUUGCAACAGCUGGCCACUACUGAUCCAGAGCACCCGCAGCCGAGUACAUCGAAGAAUGAUCUCGAAGCGUCCAAAGACGAUCAAACGAGUAAAAGUAACUGCAGUUGAGCUCGCACAAGGUCGCAGUCUGGACUUGCCCAAAGUUGAAGUAAUCUCAAAAAGGUAAAUAGAAAUCCUAAGCACUGAACAUAGUGUAGGCCCACCUUUUUGUAGGAAGGUAUAGUGUACAAAUAUAGCUCUAAUGAUGAUACUUUCUACGGUGUCUAGCUCUAGUUAUAAAUGCUACGUGUAAUUUAAUUUGUACUAAUUUGUAAAAAAUUAUUUGAAUAAAAAGUAAGACGUUU